UGCUCUCAGCCACCAUCUCCGCAGAGUCACCACCAUGGACGGUUCGCAGUUCCUGGCAUCGUAUGUCAAACAUCACCUGCCCUACUUCACACCUGCGGAAGUCGAGAAACUCUCAGACAAGCAGCGGGGGAAGCUGUCUAUCACGCAAGAGGAGAAAGCCAGACAGCAAGCGUGCGGGUUUAUUGAAGCUGUGGGUGCGAAGAUUGGCUUGAAGACGAUUGCCACUGCGCAAAAUCUAUACCACCGGUUCCAUCUGUUCUUCCCGAGGAAGGACUUCAGCUACUAUGACGUCACUUUGGCUGCUCUGUAUGUCUCCUCGAAGAUGCAUGACACACUAAAGAAGCCCCGUGAGAUUUUGAUGAUUAGCUAUGGGGUACGGUAUCCUGAGCUUGUGGCCAAGUCCAAGUCUAUCGUUGGAGAAAUAGACAUGGACCCUCAAACCGUAGAGCUCGACCGUCAGCGACUUCUAGCGGUGGAGCGGUUGAUGUUAGAGACCAUAUGCUUUAACUUCACGUCCAGAAUGCCCUUUCCGUACGUCAUCAAGAUAGGACGAUCUCUAGGAGCCACCAAGAAGCUCACGAAGCUUGCAUGGCGUCUCACAAUCGACAGCUUCCGAACACUAGUGAACCUUGACUGCGUUCUUACUCCGUUCGAUCAAACAUCAUCUCCCGAUGGACCCGACUCCGCGGUGUGCCACCAAAUCGUUGCGUGGCUGAGCAAGCCUGAGGCAUGGGAGCGACAAUUUCAAGCACACGUAGAAGACUUGGAAGAAAUUGCGUUUGCGCACCAACCAAACACGUCGCCUACGACACCGUCCUCUCCAUCCCCGCAUUUAAGUCGAGCGCAAGCUAUUGUCAUGCGGCAAUCGGAGCAUCCUCCACGACAACGGGAGAGCCUUGCGCAGUCGGCUGAAUACGAAGCAUCACUCCUUGGCCGAAUGAAGGGACGCACGGCAACGUCUAUGGCCGAUGUGUCACGCAGCUGGGCUGUGAGACACAAG